GUUGCUGUCAGUGCACAUGUAAACAGCCUGGUCUCUGCAGAUCUCACAUCAAGUUUACACAUCUAACCCUGCAACACUAAUGGCAGGUGCCCGCCUUUUUAACCAACAUUCCAGGAAUAAAAUGUCCCACAUACUAUUUUCAAAGCCUGCAGGACAUUCCAGACUGCUGAGGUUAUGGCUUUCCACCCUCAGUUCCCUUGUAGGAGAAAAGAAUCUUAUCUUGAUGGGUCCUCCAGGGUCCGGGAAGACCUCAGUUGGUAAAGUUCUUGGCCACAAGCUGGGUUGUCCCGUUAUAGACGUGGAUGACGACGUCCUUGAAAAAGACUGGAGAAUGAGUGUGUCCAAUAAAUUGCAGGAAGUUGGUGAUGAGCAAUUUUUAGAAGAGGAAGGAAAAGCCCUUUUAAAGUUUUCAGCAUCUGGAAGUGUGAUUUCCCUUACGGGGUCCAACCCUCUUCACACUAGCAGCAUGGAACACACAAAGAAAAAUGGCUUAGUUGUUUAUCUUGAUGUCAAUUCACAGGAUAUAGUUGAGAGGCUCGAAGGAAUGAAAGUGGAUCGUAUUGUUGGGCAAAAGUCUGGAGCUACAAUUGGCGACAUACUUCAGAAAAGGAAGCAUUUUUAUAACAAGUGGCAUGAUGUGCGUGUACUCUGCCAAACAGGAGAUACUGUAGAAGUUUUGGCUGAAAAAGUAAUUGACGCAGUCAAAAAAUAUCAAAAUGUAGACUCUGAUAUUUUUGUUUCUACAAGGUCCGAAAGUUGUGAAGCUGAAGUGAGCCAAGACAAAGCAAAAUUCUUCAGUGACGUCGUCAUUGAGGGUUUAGCUGCUGAUGGUGGACUCUAUGUUCCCAAAAAUGGCCUACCAAGACUCACUGCUGGCGAGUGGGGAAGAUUGGUUAAGUCAACCUAUGCAGAAAGGGCAAUGAUAAUACUGGAAAGGUGCAUCCACCCAGCUGAUGUCCCCGCUGUUGUUUUAGGAGAAAUCAUUGAAAAGGCCUAUGGUGAAAACUUUGCUUGUAGCAAAAUUGCCCCCAUCAGGCAUUUGUCUGGCAAUCAGUUCAUCCUCGAACUCUUUCAUGGACCUACCGCUUCUUUCAAAGACUUGGCCUUGCAGUUUAUGCCUCACUUGUUUGCCUAUUGCGUCCCCAAAACAUGUAACUAUCUAGUCCUUGUGGCUACUUCUGGAGACACAGGUAGUGCUGUUCUGGACGGGUUUAGCCGCCUCAGUGACCUUGACAGGCGAAGAUUGGCAGUCUUCUGUCUCUUCCCUGAAAAUGGUAUAAGCCAGGUACAAAAAUCACAAAUUCUUGCUUGUCAGGGAGACAAUGGGUUGGCACUGGGAGUGAAAUCUGAUUUCGAUUUCUGUCAGAGUGCAAUAAAAGGCAUAUGCACCAAUCCCGAUUACACCGGCUUUCUUACAGCUGAGUAUGGAACUACUCUGAGUACUGCUAAUUCUAUCAACUGGGCCCGGUUGCUGCCUCAAGUUGUGUACCACGCAUCUGCCUAUCUUGAUCUAGUUAAUCAGGGUGUUAUAACUUUUGGGAGCCCAGUUGACCUAUGUAUUCCCACCGGUAACUUUGGCAACAUACUUGCUGCCGUUUAUGCAAAACAGUUGGGGAUACCCAUUCGAAAAUUCAUCUGUGCCUCCAAUCAAAACCACAUUUUGACUGAUUUUAUAAAAACAGGUCAGUACGAUCUCAGGGGUCGGACAUUACUGCCAUCCAACUCGCCAGCAAUUGAUAUUCUUAAGUCGUCAAACUUGGAGAGGUAUUUACAUCUUAUCUCUAACCAGGACGGUGAACUUAUUAAGAAACUCUAUGGUCAUCUAGAAAGUCAAGGUCAUUUUCAGCUGCCGGAUAAUUUAUUCAAGCAUCUCCAGAAGGACUUUAUUGGCAGUUGGUGUUCCGAGGCAGACUGCUUGUCCGCAAUCCACUCUGUGCAUGCAGCGAGCGGAUAUAUCAUGGACACACACACAGCAGUUGCCAAAGUUGUGGCCGACAGAGUACAAGACCGUACUUGCCCAGUUAUCAUCUCAUGUACAGCUCAUUAUUCUAAGUUUGCACCUGUUAUUUUGCAAGCUUUGAGGAUUGAACAAAUUAAGCAAAGCCCAUUAAGCCAGCUUCAUGUGUUAAAUUCCUUCCGUCCCUUGCCUCCCGCUCACAAGGCACUCUUAACAAUGCUUAAAGACAGGGAGUCUCAUAAGAACCGUGUUUGUGAGGCUGAUUCAAACCUUAUUAUGGACCACAUCGAAAAUUACCUCCAAAAACUAUUCUUGAAGGUUUACUAGCGGUCAUGGCAGCUAUAAUCUUUCCUGCAAAGAUUUCUCCUUGACAAGCCAGUCAUUUCAUUUCAUAGAAUAAGAAAACAAUAGCCAAAAAUGUUAUACUCGAGCAGAUUAGGAAAAUGAGAAAAACAUCAAAAUGUUUCAGGAAAGCCAUUUCAAUGCUAAUUUUAAAAAGGAAAGACCUUCAUACAAACGGGCUAAAAUUAGGUUUGGAAAAUGAUUAAUGUCAUGUUUUUUUGCUCAGAAGGCAUUGUGAGUUGUAGGAAAACAAGUCAUGUCUCUAACUGCCAGAGGAUGAUGACAAAACUGAUGGUGUUUCCUUUAUGGUCUGUUAUGUUGCUAUGAUCACAGCCCGUGGACUGUUCUGAAUGCGUAAUCCGGACCUAAGUGGUAUGAAUGACACCACACCCUUUUACCGGUCAUUUAUAGAAAUGCCUAU